UGGAACUUGCGUAGUAGAAAAAAAGACCAUGCUACUGUGAUGAAAUCGUAGUAGCAUGCGUAUUGUUCAGCACUGAAUCAAAGAUUGAAAUGCCCAUUUGCCCCGGUAACGGUUGGCACACGUGCAAAGCAAGAACAAGUGGAGUGAGAUAACAAUGAACUCUUUGUGGUGUAGUGAAAUAACACUCUGUAGUUGAUUUGUCGUUAUCGCCGGCCCGUUAUCAAACCAUUACGAUACACCUAGAUCGUUCGGUGCCCGCUUCUAGACGAAGCGUUUCAGAUUAGAACGAACUCGCCCGUCGACCGAGGACGCCGCACAGUGUGAAUCUUUCCCCGCGUUUGUUGGACGAGUGAUCAGUGCCCUUUCGAUGCAGUGAACCGUUCAAAGUGGGCCACCAGCAUGAAGUCGGAACAACGCACCACAAUCGGGGAAACCGUGUUCGUUGGUAAUGGUGUAGAGGAAACGGACGAACUUCGGGCCACCAGUAUUGAAACAGUGAAACAAUGGCUGCUAGACGAACGGCCCGAACUCGAGAUCCCAGAGGAAUCGAGAUUGAUUUUGUACUUUCUGCGUACGACCAAGUAUGACAUCGAUAAAACAAAGCGGAAGCUAAUGACAUUUCUCAAGAACAGAGAAAAGUUAACGGAAUGGUUUAAGGAUCGCGAUCCAUUUCGAUCGGAAAUACAGGAACUGCUAGACAUUGGAGUGUUUUUGCCGCUGCACGAGAAGGAUUCGCUUAACCGACAGGUUGUGAUUGUCCGCACGUCGGCGCACGAUCCCAGCAAACACAAGCAGGACGAUGUGUUCAAGGUGGAUAAGAUGAUACUGGAUCUACUGAUGUACCUCGACGAAACGGUUUCCAUACACGGUGUGGUAGCCAUCUUCGAUAUGCAGGGCGUCACGCUUGGGCACGCACUGCAACUAACUCCGUCCAUGAUCAAGAAAUCCGUCGAAAGCUGGGAGAACUAUCCCUGCAAACCGAAGCUGCUCGAGUUCGUUAACGUACCUGUGCAUGUGAAUAUCGUGCUGAAUGUGUUUAGAAGUUUUAUGAGUCCAAAGAUGAGAGAGCGGGUUUCCAUCUCGCGCAAGGGUUCGUCGCUGGAUCGUUCGGUUACAUUGCCCCUCGAACUGGGCGGUAAUGGGAAAAGUUACUACGAGCUUGCAGAACACUGGAAGCAAACGGUUCAGGACAACGUAAGGUUUUACACUAAAAUGGAAGAGAAUGUGUUCCACUUAUGAGCUGAAGAGAUAAUAUAGAUUUUGGUCACUUUAACAUAACUUAGGGCUUACCGUGUGGCACUUACGUAAAUAUUAGUUUUAGUUCUGUCGAUAUUGACAUUUAAAAUAUAGGGUUAAUCAUA